UUGCUAAGACAACCUUUAACUUGAUAACAGUGUAAAUCAUGUACUUUUAUUCCAACAGAGAUAGGCGACUGUCUGUAACAUAACACGAAAGUCACAUGACAGCUGAUGUGAUCACAUGACAAUCAAUACUAGGCUGUGAAGAAUUCUUUAAAGUCGCCUGGAUUUCUGACUUGAUCUAUGGGGUCUUUGUGAGAAUGGCUGCACGGUGGCUUUUCCUUGGAUUCAUGUUGCUGAUCCUCGGUGGAAAGGCUGAGACACGUUUUGUUCUUUGGAAUUUUCUUUCUUUUAAGGACAAGCUCAAUAAUGAGGUCAUCCCAUCUCACAGAGACCUUGCUGCUGAUUUCAAGGAAAUGUAUUUUAAACAGAUUUUAGACCACUUCAAUUACAACAGCUUUGGCAAUGGCACAUAUGAUCAGCGUUACCUUAUUACAGAUCAGUACUGGAAGAAAGCCUAUGGACCCAUUUUUUUCUACACUGGCAAUGAGGGGGACAUAUGGGAGUUUGCACUGAAUUCAGGCUUCAUCACAGAGCUGGCAGCAGUGCAGGGAGCCCUCGUGAUAUUUGCUGAGCACAGAUAUUAUGGAAAAUCUCUUCCGUUUGGGAAGGAUUCAUUUAAUAUCCCUGAGGUGGGGCUGUUGACAGUGGAGCAGGCCCUGGCUGACUAUGCGGUCAUGAUCACAGAGCUAAAGAAGGAACUGGGAGCUCAGACAUGUCCCGUCAUCGUCUUUGGUGGAAGCUAUGGAGGAAUGUUGAGCGUGUACAUGAGAAUCAGGUACCCGGAUAUUGUUGCUGGUGCGUUAGCCGCUAGCGCUCCCAUCCUGUCCACCGCAGGUCUUGGAGACUCUACACAGUUUUUCCAGGAUGUCACUGCUGAUUUCCAGAAGAUUAACCCUGCCUGCAGAGAUGCGGUGAAAGGAGCUUUCCAGAAGCUAAACACUUUGGCACAACAGAAAGACUACAGCCGUAUCCAAUCUGCUUUCUCGCUGUGUAAAACUCCGUCCACCCCAAAGGACAUUAAUCAGCUGAACGAACUCUUACGCAACGCCUUCACCAUGUUGGCCAUGUUGGAUUAUCCCUACAGCACUCAUUUCAUGGGCAGCAUGCCAGCCUUCCCUGUGAAGGUGGCGUGUGAAACCAUGCUGAAUGGCACUGAUCUUAUGUUGGCACUCAGAGAUACUGUUGGCAUUGUGUAUAAUUCCACUGGACUGCUCACAUGUUAUGACCUGUACAGUCUCUAUGUGGAGUGUGCCGACCCCACCGGCUGUGGCCUUGGCUUUAACAGCUAUGCGUGGGACUACCAGGCCUGCACUGAGAUUGAGAUGUGCUAUGAGAGUAACAAUGUGACAGACAUGUUCCCAGCGAUCACAUUCACCGAGCAGCAGAGGGAACAGUACUGCUCAAAGAGAUGGGGGGUGCUGCCACGGCCAGGGUGGCUCAAGACCCAGUUCUGGGGACAAAAUCUCUCCACUGCAAGCAAUAUUAUAUUUUCCAAUGGGGAUCUUGAUCCUUGGGCAAAUGGAGGGAUCAGGAAGACACUCAGCCCAUCACUGAUUGCAAUCAACAUACCAGAGGGAGCUCAUCAUCUGGAUUUAAGGGAGUCCAACCCUGCUGAUCCCGAGUCUGUGAUUGUGGCUCGUAAGAAGGAGUCUGAAAUCAUUGCUCAAUGGGUGAAGGCAGCAAGGAAAAAAACAUCAUGAGUUAUGUAAUUUACAAUUUAUUUCAACAUUUGUGAACUUGUAAAAUAUGGAAUAAAUCCAUUUAUUUUCCACAAAUGGACAUUAAAAAGA